AUGCCAGAUAUUAAACGAUUGAAAAUUUUUAAAUCGGCAAAUACAUCUAGCAGUGUGUACUGGAAAAAAAUUUUAGAUGAUUUGAAGAAAAAAGGCAUUCCUUUUUCAACUGGCUACUUCACUGACAAGGAGAAUGAACAGCUGAAGAAAAAUUGGAAAAAUGUUAUUGAGAGUUGUCCAUUUGAAGACCCUCUUGUUUUGCUUGGGAAACGCGUCAAUGGCCUCGAUUCUAAAGAACUCCAUAAUUACAUCAAAAGCAUUAAUUUUUAUAUCUUAUUAGGUCAUAAAAUAAAUAGAUCACCAUACUCUGUGUACGCUAGGGCCAGAAAGCUAUUCAUUAAGGCUGAUAAAACUGGAAGAUAUACAAAAGAAGAGAUCAGCUUGUUGCAAAAAUUGGAAGCUGAGUACGGAAACAAGUGGGAGAAGAUCGGCGAACUAAUGGGCCGAACGGGUAGGUCUCUACUCGUUAAAAGUGCGAAAAUAAGAAAAGAUCCCGCCAAUGGCAAAUGGAGUGAGGAUGAAACGAAUCUUCUCAUCACGUCGGUCAACAGAUACUAUCAGGAAAGAUUGGCUGAUUAUUAUAAAGAUAAAGAUGCCUUGAUGAAAAGUUUGAAAAAGAAUAACAAUAAUAAUAAUAAUAAUGGACAAAGUGAUGCUGAUGAUGAUGGAGGAGUGAAUGAAGAGAAAGAUGAAGAGGAGAGAGAGAAACGACUGAAAUUGAUAGAGAGACUGGCUCUUGAUACAAAAUUUUUAUACUACAACCUACCCUGGUCCCAGAUAGCAGAGGAGAUUCCUAAAAGGAAUGCAAAACAGUUGGCCCAAAGCGGUCUAUCAGCCACAGUCAUCUAUAGAACAGGCAAAGACGAAAACUUCAACGAUAAUAAAAACAAUAAGUACAAGAACAAAACUAUUAAUAAUGAUAAUAAUAAUAGUAUUAAUAAUAAUAAUAGAGAUGAUGAGGAGGAGGAGGAGGAAGAGGAGGAACGUGACAUCAAAAUUAGAGCCACCCAAGCCGAUUAUCGAUACUUCAACUUGCAUGACAGAAUCAAAUUAAUUGACUUGUUAGCAUAA